AUGCGCCCUACUUGUGUCCCCAUUCAGCACUACUGCUGCUUUGACCCGGUUACGAGAAGAAAACUCUAUAACAAUGGCUGCCACUACAAAUGUUUUAAGCUCAUGAGUCUGCACCUCGUGUGCUGCUUGAUGUUUGUGAUUGGGUUUGCCUUGCGAGAAUACGGUGCCUUUCACUAUUCAUUCAGCAAGCCAGAUCUUUAUAUCUACAUCGUUAGCACAUGUUUAAUCUAUAUGUCUCCGUUCAAGCUAACAUACAUGGGAAGUCCUCUCCUGGAGCUUGCCAACUACUAUGUACUCGGUCGUAUCCUUUACUAUGUCCCGUAUCAUUCUCCGAUCCACCCUGGUCGAGUCCUGACUACCUUCGGCUUGCUCUCUACCGUCGUGGAGGUCCUGAACGCUCUGGGCGUAUCCUAUAUCGCGAAUCCAGAGCUGCCAGAAUCCACCAUCAAGCUGGGUUAUAUUCUCAUGAAAAUAUCCCUAAUAGUUCAAGUCCUGGUCAUUACCUUGUUCUGUUUCUUAGCGGCAAUGUUCCAGAGGAGCUGCUACAGAUCGGGCAUCCGCAGUCGCCGCGUCUCAGCUCCACUGAUUACCUUAUAUAUCAGUACCUUCCUUAUCUUCGUACGAUGCAUUUACCGUAUCGUCGAGCACUUUGGCGCCUCGAAGAUUAGCCCCUCACCAUCGAGAGAACUCGAGGGUCUCAGCCCCAUUCUACGUCACGAGUGGUUUUUCUAUGUGUUCGAGGCAAGCCUCAUGCUUGUUAAUACUCUCAUGUGGAACUGGUGGCACCCUAGAAGAUACCUCCCCGAGAGAUCUAAUAUCUACCUUGCGCAAGACGGCGAGACAGAGCUCAAGGGACCCGGUUGGAAGGAUCAGCGUCCGUUCUUGGUGACACUUUGUGAUCCAUUUGGUUGGUUUGAUUCGAACAAGAAAAAGGAACGUCCGUUCUGGGAGAAUAAUGGGUAUACGCUAGUCAAUAGUGCAGCAUGA